CCAUUUCUCCUCACUCUCACUCAAAACCAAUCCAUCCUCCCUCCUCUCUCUCUCUCUUAUUCACAGAAUACUCUACACUUAUCUCUCUCUGUGUUUUCAACAAGCAAACCAAUUUCACUAGCAAUUUGUUAUGGCCCUCGAAGCUCUUAACUCUCCGACUGCCGCCGGCCAAGGCUUCCACUGCGACGAGCCCAAGCUCCAGUACUCGGAGCCAUGGACCAAGCGCAAGCGCUCCAAGCGUCCACGAAGCGUAGAGCAGACUCAAGUCUCUGAGGAGGAGUAUCUCGCUCUCUGCCUCAUCAUGCUCGCUCGCGGCGGUAACAGCGGAGGACCCAUCACCGCCUCACACCGCAGUCAGUCUCCGGUUCCAAGUGUUUCUCCUGUUAUUGAACAGGCCACGUCAGCACCGGCCAAGGAGAAUCAGCUGCUCAGUUACAAGUGCUCUGUUUGUGACAAGACUUUUCCCUCGUACCAGGCUCUGGGUGGACACAAGGCCAGCCACAGGAAGGGAUCUUCCGCCGUCACCGGCGGCGAAGGACCCUCCACGUCAUCCACCACCACCACCACAUCCACCGUCACCGUCUCCAACGCCUCCGGUAGGUCCCACGAGUGCUCCAUCUGCCACAAGUCUUUCCCCACCGGCCAGGCAUUGGGAGGACACAAGCGGUGCCACUACGAGGGCGGCGCCACCGCCACCAGGUCCGCCGCAACCACCAGCGCCGUGACCACCUCGGAGGGAGUGGGGUCUACCACACACACCGUCAGCCAGAGCCACCAACACCGCGAAGCGUUUGAUCUGAACUUACCGGCCUUCCCGGAGCCGUUGUCAAGGAAUUUCUUCCUCUCCGGCGACGACGAGGUGGAGAGCCCACAUCCGACGAAGAAGCCCCGUCUAUUCAUGACCCCUAAAGUUGAGAUAUCACUCAAUUAGGGCCGGUCACGAUGACGACACCUAUAGAAAUUAAUUAGGAAAUUAUAAUUUUCAUUAUUUUAGCGUGUAUUUUUCUUUUUUGGUUGGAAUUCAAUUUGUUUGUUAUGUACAUACUAUUAUUUAGCUUCCUAUUGAAGUACUUGGAAAUUCAAUUGAUUUUUUUCCUA